AUGGAGUUCGUCAAAUAUCUAAUCAUUCUUUCUGCUGUCUUUGUGGCUGCCACUGCUUUCAACGUCGGACUGCUAUAUGGCAAUGAUAUUGGAGCCACAUCUUCAGCUACUAUUUCUAUUCAGUCAGCCACACUCAGUGGGAUUUCAUGGUAUAACUUGUCUUCGGUGGAAGUUGACCUUGUUAGUAGUGGCUCAUUAUAUGGUGCAUUAAUAGGCUCAGUUUUGGCUUUUAAUGUUGCUGAUUUCCUCGGAAGAAGAAGAGAGUUGAUUCUUACCUCUACAUUUUACCUCAUUGGAGCUCUUGUGACGUCCUUAGCACCUAAUUUUGCUGUUUUGGUGAUUGGGCGUUUUCUUUAUGGUAUCGGAAUUGGAUUGAGUUGUCUUUGUUUUUCUGUUGCAAUCUCACAACAAACAACAUAG